AUGGGAGGUGUUGACGUGCAUGACCAGCUGCGUGCCAAGUACCCAUCAGGCAGGAAUUCUAAGAAAUGGUGGCGGUACCUCUUCUGGUUGCUACUGGAUUCGGCUAUUGUGAAUAGCUACGUCCUCUACAAGGAGUGGUCCACCAGGGAAACGAAGAAGAGGAGGUACACGCAUCUCGACUUCCAGAGGGAGCUAUUGAAGGAGCUUAUUGGUGGCUACCGGAGGCGCAAGCACAGCGAUAGGGAUGAUGCUGUGGACAGGCCAGCGUUGAUGCCCGUAGAGAACAUCGUAGGUCACAGAAAUGUUCGGCUAAAUGCGAAAAGGACAACAUGCAAGUACCACAAAACCAGGGUUGGGCACCGCAGUGACACUGUAUAUGGGUGCGAAGUCUGCAAUGUACACCUGUGUAAGGAGUGCCACGUGGCCUAUCAUCAGGCAGUGUAA